CAGAUCAGCAGCCUGAAGAUCUCAACACCACCGCAUGUCUCUACAACAACUGCCGUGAGAGGGCCGUACCGCUUUCAGUUCCAAACUUUUACGCGCACUACAGAGAAAGGAAAAAAAAAGACUAUUACGCAUCAUGUUAGUUUGUUGAACAAAAGCGCGCAAAGAACGCACUCAAGAGCGCACCACUCGGAGAAGAUGGAUUUUAAGAAAAACUUAGACGCGACUCAAGCUUCGCACUGAGUCGCUCCCUGGGAUAGAGGAGGUGUAAUGCAAACUUUGCGCGUUUCAAAACUUUUCUUGACUCGGUUCAUGGCGUUUUGCGUCCAUUCCGGAGAGACUUGUUUGCGCGUUUUGCGUUCAGCGGCGGUGCCAGUUCAGUUCUAGUUUACGGGAAUCGGACUUCUGGCAAAGUUUUCAUCGGACAAAAAGACGGGAGUAGAAGAGGCUUCGGCUUCGAAAAGUGACGGCAGCGAAGGUUGUGACCGAAAUUGAAGAGCAGCAUGGAAACUUCGACUCCCACGGCCACCGACAAGAAGGAGUGUAAGAGCUCUGGCCUGGAUGGAACCAGCUUCUCAGAACUCCCAAAGAAACCGUCACCAACCACUCUGACCAGAGGCACCCACCACCUUUUCCCCACUUUUCACACACCCAUCCCCAUCGACAUGCGGCACCAUGAGGGCCGGUACCAUUAUGAGCCACACCCACUCCACUCUAUGCAUGGACCUCCAGGACUGACAGGCAGUCCAGUCAUCUCAGAUAUUUCUCUGAUCCGCCUGUCACCCCAUGCAGCGGCUGGUACGGGUGAGUCGCCGUUCAGCCCUCCGCAUCCUUAUGUCAGCCCCCACAUGGAGCACUACCUACGUUCAGUACAUGGAAGUCCUACCCUCUCUAUGAUCUCAGCUGCCCGAGGACUGAGCCCCGCCGAAGUAACCCAUGAACACUUGAAGGACCGUGCCCUGUUCAGUCUCCCGCCGCCACCCCCUGGGGCCAACCCUACAGAAUACUACCACCUGAUGGCCAGUGCCAGUCAGAGAACUCCCUAUGGUGACCUGCUGAUGCAAAGUGGCGCAGCGGCUGCAGCGGCAGCAGCAGCAGCGGCGGCUGCAGCUCAUCUACCAGAUUACAUCAGCCCACUUGAUGUGUCACGGUUUUCGAGCCCGAGGCUGACGCCACGACUGAGCAGGAAGAGGGCGCUGUCCAUCUCGCCUCUGUCAGAUGCCAGCAUUGACUUGCAGACCAUGAUCCGCACCUCGCCCAACUCCCUAGUGGCCUACAUCAACAACUCCCGCUCCAGCUCGGCUGCCAGCAGCUCCUAUGGACACCUUUCCGUCGGAGGGAUCAGCCCCACCUUCAGCUUCCCCCAUCCCAUCAACCCAGUGGCCUACCAGCAGCUGCUGUCCCAGCAGAGGGGUCUCAAUGCCUUCGGCCACACGCCUCCUCUCGUUCAACCGUCGCCAUCCUCUUUCUCCGCCCGUCAACACCCCCUCACCGCUUCAACCAUGUCCACCCACAACAACUCCACCUCUGAGGUAAAUCAGAACGCCAGUGGAGACCCAGCAGUCAGCAGCACAGUCAACCCACUGACUACCAAGAGGUCAAAGGUUAAGACUGAAGCAGAGGGUCCACUGCCCAUUUCACCAUCUUCUCAGGAUCAUGGUGGAGGGAUCUUGGACCUGAGUGAAGAUCUGGAUAAAGAUGAAUGCAAACAGGAGCCCGAGGCCAUAUAUGAGACCAACUGCCACUGGGAGGGCUGUUCCAAGGAGUAUGACACCCAGGACCAACUCGUUCAUCACAUCAAUAAUGACCACAUCCAUGGUGAGAAGAAGGAGUUUGUGUGUCGCUGGGAGGAGUGCUCACGGGAGAAGAAGCCCUUCAAAGCCCAGUACAUGCUCGUGGUUCACAUGAGACGACACACGGGGGAGAAGCCGCAUAAAUGCACAUUUGAAGGGUGCUCCAAAGCUUACUCCCGCCUGGAGAACCUAAAAACUCACCUCAGGUCCCACACUGGGGAGAAGCCCUAUGUGUGUGAGCAUGAAGGCUGCAAUAAGGCCUUCUCCAAUGCCUCUGACCGAGCCAAGCACCAGAACCGCACACACUCAAAUGAGAAACCGUACGUGUGCAAAAUCCCAGGCUGCACGAAGCGCUACACGGACCCAAGCUCUCUCAGGAAGCAUGUCAAGACAGUCCACGGACCCGAAGCCCACGUGACCAAAAAACAACGAAGCGAUGUUCCUCCAAGGCCGCAACCACCCAAAGGCAACGGGGAGAAUGAGGCGAACUCUAAGCAUGGUUCCAGAGGCACGGAUGGCAAGAUUGAGGCCAACAGCACCUCUAGAGGAAUGGAGGACUGCCUACAAAUCAAAUCUAUCAAGACAGAGAACUCUAUGACGUAUCAGUCCAGCCCUGGCGGCCACUCAUCAUGCAGCAGUGAGCCAUCGCCUCUCAGCAGUGCCAACAACAACGACAGUGGGGUAGAGAUGGCCAUGCACAGCGGGGGCAGCUUCGGGGACCUCAGCGCACAGGAGGAGUGUCCCAUGGUUGACUCAACUGUUCCUACUGGGGGACAGGUGGGGGUGGGGCUUCAGUUGAGGAAAGCUGUGGGUCAUGGUGGCGCGGUUACCAUCAAGCUGGAAAACAUCAAAAAGGAAAGGCUGAAGACAGUGAGGGACUCCUGCCCCUGGGUUAACUCUGCACCACAGCCACCACAGGGCCAACGCAACAGUAUGAAGCUGCCUCCCAUACCUGCAGUCGGUUCCCUGCUGGAGAGCUCAAAUGCGAUAAAUAACUUCAGUGGUUCGUAUCCUGGUCCACGCAUGGGUGACCUCUCGGUAACGCUGCUGAAUCAGCUAAAUGAGCGUCGGGACAGCAACACCAGCACCAUCAGCUCAGCUUACACCUUGAGUCGACGUUCCUCCGGUAUUUCACCCUGCUAUUCCAGCCGUCGCUCUAGUGAAACAUCCCAGUUUGGCGCUAACCGUCACAACAACAUCAGUUCAGCUGAUUCCUAUGACCCAAUCUCCACCGAUCUGUCUCGCCGCUCCAGCGAGGCUAGCCAUUGUGGAGGUGGAGGUGUUGGUGGAGGAGGAAGCGGAGGCCUCCCAAGUCUUCUCAGUCUUACACCAGCUCAGCAUUAUCGGCUUAAGGCAAAAUAUGCUGCUGCCACUGGUGGAGCUCCACCCACCCCUCUUCCCAAUAUGGAUCGAAUGAGCCUGAGGACGCGCAUGGCACUCUAUAAUGACUCCCAGGAAGGUUCAUCGCACCUUUACCAUCAGCCACCUCCUGGAACUGUGCCAAGGCGAAGCAGCGAUAUUGGAUAUGGCACACAUAGCAUGAUGCCCCAUGAAGUACCCACCAACCUUCCACGUCGUGCCAGUGACCCAGUGCGUCGUCCCACACUGGACCCUCUCUCCUUUCCGAGAGUCCAACGCUAUAACAGCAUGAACAGCAUGAACCCCAUGAAUGCUCAUUCAUCUGCAGAACGCCACCAGGCAUUGGCUAUGCAGGGCUACACUCGAUCAGAUGGAAGCCUGCAACGGUACCCCUUUGCCCCUAGACCUCCUAGUAUUUCUGAGAAUGUAGCCAUGGAGAACAUGGCAGUAGAUGGAAUGAUGGCUGGAGGGGAGCAGAGUGGAGAAGAUGACAUGGUGCUUCCAGAUGAUGUGGUACAGUACCUCAGGUCACAGAAUUCUGGGCCUUCAGGACACAACUUGGGGCAAAUUGACUAUAACUCUAACAAUCAGACUCAGGGCUACCAAACAGCCAUGGCCCCUCCAGCAUCAUUUUGUGCGCAGAGGAGGAUGGCCAUGGUGGAUGCCACCAUGGCUCAAUCUGCUCAGGAUAUGCAGUCCUGCCACAUGGGUCCUAAUGGCUCCCAGCAGUCUUUCUCAGCACCAUCAGACAACAUGAACAAGAAUAACAUGCCGGUGCAGUGGAAUGAGGUGAGCUCAGGGACGGUGGACACCGCAACCAAGCUUUCAAAACAACCACAGCAUCCUCUUAGGGGGAACCUAGCUGUUGGUCAGCAGAGGCACACCUUUGGAUCAUUCCAGGCACACGGUCAGGGCUUGAGCAGCAACCAGCAGGUUUUGCCUAUGAGUCAAAAUAUAUCUAUGCAGGGGUAUGCAAACCACAGCAGCCAGAGGCUGGACAUCACUGCCCAGCAGCAUCAGCAACUGAGGCAAUGCAACAAUGUAAACUUUAAUGAGCAAAUGAGCCCUCAGCAAGGGUUUGGUCAAGAGGCGAUUCCAAAUUCCAUAUCUGGGAGCACUACCAUGAGACCUACCUGCAACAGUAUGGUAGAUCCAGAACUGCAAAGUCACAGAGGAAGGACACAGAGUGAUGGGUAUUCACAACUGAACCAAGUGGAUCAGCAGCAAAAUUACAACAUUCUUUCCCAACAGCAGCACAUCCAAAAUGGAGGCAGAGGAAUGUUACAACCCAGACCCCCUACAGAACCCAAGUCUAUUGUCAGGCAACACACAGGGUCUAGCAUGAUACAACAGAGUCGAAUACCCAAGUCAUCAGAAUUGGGCUCCAAUCAUGGUAAUGACACCUCUGAGGCAAGUCCAAAGAGGCCCAGUGGGUCAGUGGCACAGAGCAGCAACUCAGAAAAUCAUAAUGCUGCUGUGUUCUACUCAGGCCAGAUUCAUAUGUUUCAGCCAGCCACCGUCAGCUUUGAUGCCCCCAUGUCCCCAUGUGCCAGCCAGGCUCCUGUGAGCAACAAUACGACUGCGGCCAACAUGGCCUCACCAGGAGUGAACCAGGUCUCCAGCAGUACGGCGGAUUCUUCCACCGGUGGAUGUGGGAACACAGAGCAUGCCCAAAUUGACUUUGACACCAUGCUCGAUGACGGUGAUCACUCCAGUCUAAUGUCAGGCACCCUGAGCCCUGGCCUACUGCAGAGCCUGUCCCAGAGUUCCUCACGCCUCACCACCCCCCGCAACUCUGUCACCCUUGCGUCUGUACCGGCAGGGAUUGGCAACAUGGCCAUUGGCGACAUGAGCUCCAUGCUCACCGCCUUGGCUGAAGAAAGCAAGUUUCUCAACAUGAUAAGCUGAGAGCGAUUAAACACCUCAUCAUCCAUCCAUUCUUACGAUGUCUAUCAGGAAUACAUGGACAACACAAGAAAGCACUGAUUGUAUUAUUCAAAACUGAUCAUUUCAUACACUCAGUCAUUGUCCAGUAAUAUGCCUGUCUUGUAAUAUUUGCUUCAGAUUAUAAUAUGUUACAUUUAAAACUUAUAAUAAAUAUAGCUAGGGUUAAGGACUUUUUCUAUCAUUCUUGUUUUGAAAGCCAUACUUUUUAGCUACAAAUCUGUGACAGCCCAGGGUAUAUAAAUGCAUCAGAAACAAUUGCCAUUCAGUAUUUGCUGUAAUAGGCCUUUAGAAAGCAGUGCACUGAUAGCAGCCCCAUAGUGCCUUGCUGAGUACCAUCAAGGUUGAACAUCCGAGCACAGUUACCAGAAAAAUGGACAUGUGUACAUAUCAGAUAAUGUUUUCUCAUGAAACCGUUACGUGUGUAGAUUGUACUAUAUGGUACUUUUCUUUAUGCUAUAGGCUUCUGACGUUUAAACUAGGGCUGUCAAAAACACCUUGUGGUAUAAACAGAUCCUACCAAUUAAUGAAAGAGGACUAAACAUUUUACGAUUGUGUUGUUUUUCGGUUACAGUUUGUUUUUACAGUUGGGUUUUUUUACAGUUUGCAGUCAUUAAACACUGUUACAAGCAAAGUGCACCCAUUUGGGACACUACCACAUACCCCAAAAUGGCAGUGUGUGCAAUUUGUAACAGGCAGGUUCUUACAGAACUACAGCUUGCUAAAUGGAGUGCUACACUGCCAACAGGUGCUUAGAGCUCUGUUCAUUAUUGAAUAAAGCCCAGGCUAAACAAAUUAUGGUUGAAGAAACAUAUGUAUGAUGUCUAUUUUAAAUAUAAGAAAGAAACAUUAACUGUUAUUGCAAUUUAUAUAUGCACUUAAAUCUAUUACACUGCAGCACAGGAAACAAAAACAAGUGUUGUAUUGCAGCUACCUGUUCCAUGCACAACUGUUUUUUUUUAUCACUAAGUUUUAAUUGCAUAUACAUUUUGGAAAAACAUUUCUUUAAUAUUGUGACGUAUGUUUUUUUUAAAUAACUAAACUCAAGAAAACUUAAUAUGUAAUCAAUCCUAUUCAAUGAGAUUGCAAUUAAAAAAAAAAAAAACUAAAGCAUUUGACAGCCCUAGCUUAAACAUGUGGUUGUUCAACAUUAUAAGCCACAGAUAUUAAGUGCUUUUUGAUCAUGGUCUGAGCUCUCGGGGAUGGUAAAAUCGGAUUUCCUUCUUUCCUCUCUGGAUCAGAGACAUAAACUCUGUAUGGUCCAUCUCACAAGGGGAAACGAUUGAAAAGGACAAGGAUAUGGCUGUGUGUUAGUCUAUCAGGGCACGUGUGCCCAUGUGUAUCUGAUGAGGGGCAUUCUCUAAAAGAAUAUACAAGUACCUCUGUGUGUUCUCAGUAGAGAUCCAACUCUAAUUAACACAUUCAUACUCCCCCUCAUUGCACCCCAUAUCUCCCCUGGGUUCUUGAUGAACUGCAGAGUGCAGGAAGGGACUCAGACUUUGAUAAUGAAAUCCUGUUUCGGACAGGAUUGGCGAACUAGGUCUGCAAAUUCCUCAUUUUUAUUAUGUUUGCUGAAUUUCUAAGUAGCCUUUCCAAUGUUUGUGUGUAUGCUACCAUCCACUUUUACUAUGCUCAGUGCGUGUGCGUUUGUUUGUUUGUGUGUGAGUGUGUGUAUAUAGCUUUUGUACAUUUCAAAUAAAGUAUCAUCUUUUUUUUCUGUUUAAA